GGUGAUAGUGGUAUAUGCAGAGCUGGAUAGAGUCAUUGCAGAAAUCGAGCGAUGAUGAUUUGGCAGUAAUAUAUAAAAAGACCCGAGGCUUAUCAAAAUCAGCGACGAGGACGGGAAUGAUGCUGUUCAAUUACGGACGAUAACGACAUUUGGGGUCAAGUAGAGAUGAAUACCUCCCGCAAACGAAUAUGUAUAAUUGGCGCGGGUCCGUCGGGACUAGCAGCGCUGAAGGUUAUUCGCGAUACAGAAGAGUUCGAGUCAGGAAUAUGGCUUCCAACCAUUUUCGAAGCUCGAGACAAGAUUGGCGGAAUAUGGUGUCCCGCACUUCCCAUCGAUAACCCUCCUCUGACGCCUCUGUAUGACUCUAUGACCACAAAUAUCCCUCAUCCCGUCAUGGCUUAUCCCAGCUUCCCCUUUCCGCCAUCCACCCCCGUAUUUCCUCCCGCUGCAACUGUUGAGACUUACCUACACGAUUACGCCACUCACUUUCAGCUCAUUCAAAAUAUUCGGCUAAACGCAUGUGUUGAACAUGUCGAAUGGAACCAUGCAACGUGGUGUUGGAAUAUCACCGUGAAAGGCGAAACACUUGACUUUGAUUUAGUCGUCGUUUCGAACGGACACUUUCGUGUACCUCGAUAUCCGAACAUUCCUGGUUUGACGGAAUGGUUGAAGAACGGGAGGGCCUCUCAUUCAGCUUGGUACAGAAACCCAGGAAGCGUAAGGGACACCUCCACGGUUGCUGUAGUAGGCUCUGGCCCGAGCGGUCUUGACAUAACUGCAGAACUACAUGCUUCCGGAAUAAAGAUUGUGCAUUCCGUGAAUAAUUGCGUUCCGGAAACAACGGCAACUUUCAAGAAACGAGGAGCUAUCACGCAUUUUGGCGAUGGAGUAACGUUCGCUGAUGGUACUGUUGAGCGCAACAUAGAUCAUUGCAUCCUAGCCACCGGAUACCAGAUGUGUUAUCCCUUCUUCUCUCCUGCUACCCUGCAGAAUGAGUCCCCUCCCUUAUCACCGUCGAAGUUAUACAACUCCUCAUACCACGUUUUCCCUCUUGCCAAACACAUCUUUCCCCUUCGAGGAGACUUCCCACAUACCAGUCUCGCUUUUACUGGCCUCAUACUCCGAGGAACUCCAUUCUCGUUGUUCGAAGCACAGGCAUAUGCCAUUACGCGGGUGUUCCGGGAUCCAAGCAGCACCGACGAGAACAAGGAGAUGUCAGAACUUCUCGAACGCCAGUUAAUAAUACCUGCUCAGGAUUGGCAUAGGCCAACGGAAGCUGAAGCGUUUGACUACCGCGAUGAGCUAUACGAGUUUGGAGGAGUUGGUGUUAGGGUGGAGAAAUGGGAGAAAAGGAUGUGGGAGUAUAAAGUGGAGUUGAGGCGAGAGUGGGUGAAACUUGUGCGGUCGGGAGAAGCUUUUUCCUUGGUUCAGGAUGUUGGCCAAAAUGGAAAUCAUGAAUGGGUGGCGCUUCUUGAAAGCAUUCUUCAACGAGCAUCAGCUGGAGUGUAGAAGACAUGCGGACUUUUUAUCUCAACAUAGUUUCCCGUGUUAGUCCCAGAAAUGAUGAUCACU